UAGACAGACUAGUAAAUGAACCCAACUGAAGCAGACAUACUACUGACUCGAUUCCCUCUGAAAUCUGAAUCAUCUCCGAUUCAACUGAAAUCUCUGUGUCUGUACAGACCAGCAACAAUGGCAAUGCUAAAGGCUUCGUGGUUCCUUGUAGUUCCUCUCCUCUUUCUCUCUGCUUCUGCCAUUUCUCCAAAAGCUGUGGUAAAAGUAACCAAUAACCCUGCGGAUCAAUUGGUGGCUGCUCUUAAUGACAACAGAACUGCACACAAAUCAUCAUCCCUCUAUGACAACCCAGGCCUGGCCUGUCUAGCUUUGCAAUACAUAAAAGCAUAUCAAGGUGAUUGCGGUGCGGUGGAGGCCAAGAAGCCAUCUGAAUCUGAAUUUGCUGAAACUUUUGCCCCAAACUGUGGUAUUCUAGCUUCAAGUCUCUCUCCAAUCACUGGUCGUUUGCUCGGCUGCCAGUCCAAAUAUGUUACUCCAGCUAAUGCAUUCUCUGAUAUCUUGAUGGAAAACAACAAGGGCUUAGAAAUUCUUUACGAUAAGAAUCACACUGAAGUAGGAGCUGCGGCGAGUGGUUCUGAUGGUGGGGGUCCCUAUUUCUGGUGCGUGUUAUUCAGCAACGGCAAGCGUAACAGUAGCUUUGCUUUUGAGGGAGGUGUGGCUAAGAUUUCAAGGCCCGGGUGCUUUAGUGGUGCCAACGAUGAGUGCAGUGGUGCUAGUAAUUGGCCUCAGCCAUUUAGUCUAUGGUCACUUGCUGCUACAGCAUUGAUGGCAGGGGUAUAUGCCUUUGGUUUAUGAUCAUGUCUUCUGUGAAAUUAAACUGUUUUUUUUUCUUGUAUCACAUCAAUUCAUUUGGUCAUUGGUUGUUGUAAUCUGAUAUUAAAAUUGUUUUUAUGCCAUUCGGUUCAUAAUUGAA